AUGUCAUCAUCCAGCAAUAGAGCUUUGAACCUCCUCGUCAUUAUCAUCCUUGUUACAUUCCUUUUGGUUUGUGGUUGUCUAUUGAAUGUUCGUUCGCCAUUCGUCGAGGGACAUUCCCGAUGGAACUUUCCAAGUCCAAGAACCUCUGACUCUGGACUAAAAACCUAUCCAUGUGGUGGCAUUCAAUUCUUUGGACAAGGUCAACCUGUGACCACUCUCGCUCCAGGAAAACAAAUUUUGAAAUUUGAAGAAACCAUUUCACACACAGGAGCUCCUUUUCGAAUUGCCCUAAGUAUUGGAGAUGACAGUAAUUACGACAAGUUCAUUCUCGUCGAUCACAUUCCACACAACGAUGCCACAGAAUCCAAUCCAGUCAAAGUCUAUCAAUAUGAAGUGACCAUUCCUGACAUUAAUUGUCCAAAAUGUUCACUCGCUUUGACCAAUCCAAUGACAGACAAAAUUACAUCAGGAACAUGUUGUUCGUAUCCAACAACAACAACAACAACAUUGACAGGUAAUCCUCAAUGUUUCAGUGUGUAUCACAGUUGUGCGAAUAUUGUCAUUACUGGUUCAAAAUCGAUUCAAGAAUUCAUGUCGAGUGGUGGUGGUGGUGGUGGUUAUAAUUAUACUGGACCUUGUGGAGAUUAUACUCAAGAAUCUGCAACAUGGAUUCGACAAAGUGAUGCCUCUUGGAAACUCGCAUCCACCUUUACAAACUUUUACAUUCCACCCACCAAUCAACAAUGUGCUAAUUUUGCAAGUACAUGUCCACCAAAAUCAGCACCCAACAACACUAGUACUUCAGGAAAUAGAAACAAUGGUGCAUCCUCUACAUCCAUGAUGAGUCUGUUGGUGUUGUUGGCAUUCAUCUUUUGUUUGGAAAUUGCCAACUAUGGAUGGAAAUAA